AUGGCUACUCUUCAAUCAUCUCCAACUACACCUAUGUAUUUUGUCCUCACAGAUAGUCAUGGUAACUAUGUACCAUCGACCAUUACUACAUCAUCGUAUUCAAUAAUAGUAAAAGCCAUUUCUGGCCUUAAAUGGAUAGAUAAUUAUAAUUCUAACUUAUCAACUUUAACAUUAUUAUCCACAACUACUCUUGAUUCACAUCUUUCAUCAACAACAGCGUUAAUGUUAUUAAUAGGUACGAAUUCAGUUCGCUGUACGCUAGCUGCCACAAUCUCAGUCCUAAAACUCAAUAUGAAGCUCGUGUCUUUUCUGUGAUUUAGUUAUUAUAAACUGUAAGUGUAUGUAACUCUUUCUAUGAAUUUCUAUCUUCUACCCUCUGUCCCUCUUUCUUUUCCUUUGCUUAAAGUGCUGCAGAUCCAUGCCGACACGAGUUGCAGGCGGGAGAACGUAACUGUUCACUUUUUCCAACAGGUC